AUGGAUUAUAAAGCUUUUAGGAGAAGCUGGUGCGAAGGGCGUAAGAUGGGGUUGAGUGGCCGUCGUAGAACAGGAUGGCCUCACCGCUAUGCUCACGUUCCUGUGCACAAGCUUGAUCAGGCACCAAAUGCUUUCCUGCUACUUACUGCCAUAUGUAUUCAAUGUCCACAUUCUCCUGCUUGGCCAUUACCAACUUGUUACUGCCAAACAGCACUUUGA